AUGCCCUACGAGCCCCUUCCUUCUCUCUUGCAAGCGCCGCCCAUUGGUGAGGGGGGGACAGUGGUGUCGCCUUCUGUGGUGAUCACCGACGAGCAGCGCCUUGUGACUGAGCAGCUUGGGGAAGAGAGCAGUAUGGAUAGAGUGCAGCAGAGUGGGGGGCAGCUGACAGUGGAGCAGCAGACAGGGCAGCAGCAGAGUGGGGAGAAGCAGUGA